AUGUACGGCGCCCGCCGCAAGGGGAUCCAGAUGGGCAACAUCCUCGGCGAUCCCUUCGCUCUGGCCACCAUCUCCAUCGCCACGCUUGCCUGGUGCAUCACCUUCAUCGGCUGUCUCAUCGGACAGGUACAGAACCACAAUGAGGUCUUCCCGACGUACGCCUGGUGGGCUUGCGUCUACAACCUCAUGCUCAUCAUCGGAGUCUUCGUCGUUAUUGGCAGCGACUCGAUCCAUACCUACCACGUGGCCGUGACCGGCUUCCUCGCAGCCGGAAUCAUCACCGUCACCUCCAGCAUUAACCUGCUGCUCUACUCCGGCAGCGGCGCAAGACAAGCCGCAGCCGCUGGUUUCAUCCUGUUGGCAAUGGUAGUGGUUCUCUGGACCUUCUACUUCGGAUCAAACCCUUCAUCAACUCCCCGAGCGUUCCUCGACUCAUUCGCCCUGGCUAAGGAAUCCACGACGAUGCACCGAUCAACAAUCAACUACGGCGGUACCGGCCGCCCCGAGACUUCCAACUCGGUCCAGCCACCUCAGAUGUACACUUCAGCUCAGCUCAACGGCUUCGAGAACCCUUCCCCCGUUGGUGGCGUGUCUCAAGUAAAUGGCCGUGGUUCUGCCGUCCCCCAGAGCUUCACCAACUCUAUGAUGCAACAACAGCAGGCGCAACAUCCGCAACAUAGCCAAGGCAAGCCGACCAACUCUCCUGAUGCCGAGGUCGUACCGCCGACCGAGUACCCCUACCGGGCGAAGGCCAUCUACAGCUACGAGGCCAACCCAGACGAUGCCAACGAGAUCUCAUUUUCGAAACACGAAAUCCUCGAGGUGUCAGAUGUCAGCGGACGCUGGUGGCAGGCUCGCAAAGAGAGCGGCGACACGGGUAUUGCACCCAGCAAUUACCUCAUUCUAUUAUGA